CAAUUCGAACGCUAGUUGACUCGCAAAAGUGCUCAAAAAGUCUGGCCGAGGAAAUUUUAGCGAAAAAAUACAAUUUCGUGAUCUUGUUUGCGCUGGAAAAACAGUGAAUCAAUCGGUCCGGGGUGGAUUGAAUCGGUCGGAAGUCGCGUCGGGUCGAGUUUUGCAUCGCGUCGGUCCAGAGCCGAGGAGGAUCUGGAAUCUGCUCGCUGCAACCGAGUUGGAGCUGGCUGGAAGUGUCAAAGGAGGAGGAAAAAAAGAGGAAGAAUCGCUGGAAGCGCUACGUGGCGCUGCAGCAGCUUUUCGAAAACCGCCUGUCAGCCAAAGAAGAGGAUGCUUUUAUCGUGAAAAAACAGUGAAAAUCGUAAAACUUACCUUACCUGUGCGACCCGGAACCAAUCAAUGGAAGUCAGUAGUGCGUGCGUGGUGAAAAUUCAUUGAAAAAUAGUGUUUUGGGACCGAACAGCAGCUUUCCCGCCGAUAAGCAUUUUCGAACAGCAGCAUCGCAAUGUUGACAGUUUUGUUCGAGCAACGCAACUGCGUUCGAACAAAAAUGGGCAGUGUCACUUCGACAGAAAAUGGCGUCUGCCAACUUUUUGGAGGAAGCUCUUCAAUCAGAUGUCGAUGAAUCUGCGGUGAGUGCGAUCGUCGGAACGCUGGAAAAUCAGUUGGACCAAUCGAGCGGGACCCCGGUGCAACAAGUCGGUAAAAAUUUCGAGUUCGGAAACGGUGGAACCAGUUUAACAAGUGCAAUUGUGUCAAAUGGAGCUGCGACCCCCAUUUAUAGUUCAGUGCAGAAUCAGAAACACAGCAAUCAUGGUGUUGCCAAUGGUGAAAUCGUACCCAAUGUUAUGAACAACAACAACAACAGCACCACGACCAACAAUAAUAACAGUAAAACUUUUAUCUUUGCCACAAGCGGUGGUGGCCAAAACGUCAUCAGCGGCAGCGGUGGCACUGUAGUAGGUUCCGGGGCUACGACCGUGGUCCUCGGGAAGAAUAUUACCGUUUCGGCCACCGGAUUCGCGCCACCUUCGACGCCCCCGGCGUUGAUUACCACUUCGUCCUCGUCGGUUCCGUCCUCGGGCGGAAUCAACAUCAUCAGCAAUCAGCUCGUGGUUUCGGCCACGGGACAGCAGCAGCCGCAGCAACCUCCGCCACCAUCCGCGCAGCAUCCGACGAACAUGCCAAAGAAUGAACCAGUGAAGUUGGUCUAUCCUGCUUCUGGUGGCGGCGGCGGUGGUGUUGGAACGCCAACGGCUGGAACCCAGGCGGUGCUCAACAUGAACAACAAUCGCGUGACGCUGACCUCGACGGCGCUGCCGAACGGGACGACCCCGCAGCUGAUACGAGCCCCUUCGACGACCACCAUCCAAGCGACCGGCCCCGGCGGUAACCCCGGCGGCCAAACGCUCAUAAUCAAGAACCAACAAACCGGCGCCGUGAUGAACUCCGGGGCGCCCGGAAUCGUCACCAUGUCCAAACCUAUGAACAACCAGGCCACCCAGAACAUUGUUGGCCUGCCGGCCGGUGUACAGAUUGUAAAUGUUAGACCUGGCGCACCACCUUCGCAAGCACAGCCCAAAACUGUUGCCGCUGUCUCACCUAGAGUUGUUAUCGGUAGUCAGCAAAUAGUUACUAGUACUAGACCACCAAAUGCAAACGCUAUCACACUAAGUGCCCUUCAAGGCCAGCCGGGCUCGACGCUGCUGCUGAAGAACGAGCAGGGCCAGUUCCAGCUGCUGCGCAUCGGACCGGCCCCGAGCGGGGCCCAGAUCACGCCCGCGAAUCUGACCGCGACGUCCGGGGCCAACCAGACGAUACGGUUGCAAACAGUGCCAGCUGUAAGUAGGUUUACCGGUCCUCCAUUAGCCCUCCGCAAGACCAUUGUCACCACGCAACAGGUGAAACAGAAGCAAAAUUUUUCUCACCAAUUGUCCCAGCAGCCCAACUCGUCCGGCACCGGCACGAUAAUCGUCAAUUCUCAAUCCAUCACGACGACGCCGACGAGUUACGUGACGACGCAAUCGACGCCGGUGGCUUCGGUGGCACCGGUUCCGGCGUUGGCCGCCCAGCAGCACAUAACCAUCUCAACGGGCCAGUCACCGGCGAACGCCGUCCUAGCAACCGGACAGCCCACGGUCGUGACCACCCAGCAACCCCAGCAGCAACAGCAGACCGUCGUGACCAGCCAACAUCAACCGCAGCAACCUCAACAACAACCCGCGACCCAAACCGUCGUCGUAACGACCACGACCGGUGGCCAAACCGCGCAGCAGCGAAACUCGUUAGAUAAUACCAAAGAAAAAUGCAGGAAAUUUCUCACCAACCUGAUCGAACUGUCCAAGCGGGAACCGAAGCCGGUCGAGAAGAACGUCCGGACGCUGAUCCAGGAGCUGGUCGACGCCAACGUAGAGCCGGAGGAGUUUUGCGAGCGGCUCGAGCGACUACUCAACGCCAGCCCGCAGCCGUGCCUGAUUGGCUUCCUCAAGAAAAGUCUCCCCCUGUUGCGCCAAUCGCUCGUCACGAAAGAGAUCACGAUCGAGGGCAUCAAUCCACCUUCCGCCAACGUAGCCUUUUCCGGUUCGCCUCUGACGCAAAUUCCCGCCCAGAUCCGGCCGGUCACGCAAACCCUGGUCUCGCAGGCCGCCCCCGGCAUGCACGGCCAAACGCAGAUCCGCAUGCUGACGACGCAGUCCGGAAUGCCCACGGUGAACCGGGUCGGUCAAACGACCAUCCGGCCGGCCACUCCGGUGCGGAUACAAACGCCACUCCAGCAACAGCACCAGCAGCAGCAGGCCCACCUCACGACCACGAUGACGGGCGGCCCGCGGCACAUCACCGCCCAGCAGAUCCGGCCAAACGCCGGCACGACCGUGGGCCACACGACCAUCGUGCAGACGAGCCAACAACUGCCGCAAACGAUCUCGACGACGCCGCCGGCGCUGCUACCGAUUCGCGCCCCGGCCGGAACGGCAAUAACGCGUACCCCGGCGACGCUCCAAAUCCGUGCGACGACCCCAACGAUAGUGUCCCGUGCCACGAGUGUGGCCGCGGUGGGUGGUGCCACGACGGUCACCACCAAGACGAUCCGCGGCCAAACGCCUGCCUCGGUGGCAGCCGUAGCAGCAGCGGCGGCCGCGGCGGCCUCCGGGUCAACCGUAACCCAGGUCAAGCAAGUGACAGCAAUUAGUAACAGUUCGGUAGCGUCCUCCGCUCCGGGGCUGGUCGUGACGGGCGGAACGCAACCGUUGCCAGCGCUAGCCCUAAGUUCUUCCGCCGUUGCCACCCUGAACAAUAGCAAUAGCAAUAACUCUGCAAGUAUAAUCAGUACAAGCAUCCCCUCGGCAACGACGGUCGUGGGGGGUGGCGGCACCAUGGCCGUCACUGUUAGCAACAGCUCUUCCACCUCGACUCCGACGGCCACCGCCAGCACACCUGGCAAGGCCGGUUCGGGCGCGAAAUCGCAGAACUCGUCGGCAGGCUCUAAAAAGAAAGCUAGCGCAACUGCCGCCGCAAGUUCCGCCGAUUCGGCUGACCCGACCUCGGCGGCGGCGAAAAAAGCGGCCGCCUCUAUGCAAUCCUCUUUUUACCAGCAUCACGUGUCCAACUCGAUGUACGGGGACGAUGACAUCAACGACGUGGCGGCCAUGGGCGGAGUCAACCUCGCGGAAGAAACGCAACGAAUCUUGGGCUCAACCGAGUUUGUCGGCACGCAAAUCCGGUCCUGCAAGGACGAGGUGUUUCUGCACAUGCCCGCGCUGCAGGCCAAAAUUCGGGGGAUCAUCGCGCGGCACGGCCUCGAGGAACCGAGCAGCGAAGUGGCCGUUCUCAUCUCGCACGCCUGCCAGGAGCGGCUGAAAAACGUCGUCGAGAAGCUGGCCGUGAUCGCCGAGCACCGAAUCGACAUCAUCAAGGUUGAUCCCCGGUACGAGGUCACGAAGGACGUCCGCGGACAGAUCAAGUUCCUCGAGGAGCUGGACAAGGCGGAACAGAAGCGACACGAGGAACAGGAGCGGGAGAUGCUGAUGCGGGCGGCCAAGUCGCGGUCGAAAACGGAGGAUCCCGAACAGGCCAAACUGAAGGCCAAGGCGAAAGAAAUGCAACGAGCGGAAAUGGAGGAACUUCGGCAGCGGGACGCCAACUUGACCGCCCUGCAAGCCAUCGGACCACGGAAAAAGCCCAAACUCGAGGAGGGAACGGCAACGCCAAUAACUCCUGGUGCCUCUGGACUUGGCGCUGCCAGCGGGAAGGCGUCCACGCCGCUCCGACCACGCAUCAAGCGGGUGAACCUGCGCGAUAUGCUCUUCUACCUGGAACAGGAAAAGGAAAGUUGCAGAAGUCAGAUGCUGUACAAAGCCUACCUCAAGUGAUCGAUUGUGGUCCGACUGCUGCUGCUGCUGCUGUUCCUGCUGUUGCUGACGACGACGACAAUGACCACCACGACGGCCAUUCUGCCGCUUCUGCGCUAAACGUGUGUGUGGUGUUGAUCCGGUGGUUCCCGCCGUGGAAUCAGGUUCAGGUGCGCGCUUUUGCUGCUGCUGCCGCACCCUUCCGACGAUGGAUUGUUUUAGAUCCGCUCGCCCGGCCGCGUACGCAUGGAAUAUGCUGGGAAUGGAAGGAAGGAAGGUCCCCCCCCACACACGCGAGUCCAUGAGUUUCAAGUUACAGUCAGGUCAAAUCUAGGUUCGAAUGAGUGCGCCCGCGAGAGUGAAUGGGUUGUUUGUGCGUGUUCGUGCCCUGCCGUAUGUGUGUGUGUGAGUGUGCGUGCGUGUGCGUGUUUUUAGGGAAUUUUGUACAUAAUUAUUUUCAAUUCUAAUAACUCGGCGCGUAAUGCGAACAGUCGGGGAAAUGAGCUGGUUUUUUGAUGUUUUAUUUAAUUUACAAAUAAUGUGAAAAGAAAAACAAAACUGUACAGAUUAAAAGAAAGAAAGCGAAAAAUCACACCCACGAAACGAAACGUCUACGUUCGCGCGUUUUUUUGAAAAGAAA